ACUUGACUUUGCGUGAUUGACUUUAGGUCACUCUCACUCGCUGCCUUUAUCACCAGCAGGAACCUUGACGGGGGGUCAACAUGAGGACUUUACUUGUAUUUACUUUAUUGUCUUCAACUUCAGCUCUCUACCUGUCUGCAGAAGACGAGCAUCACUUCAAAUCAUGGAUGGUUCAGCACAACAAGGAGUACAGCCCGGAGGAGUAUUAUGACAGACUCCUGAUAUUCGCUGAAAACAAAAGGACGAUUGAUCAUCACAAUGCAGGAAAUCACUCCUUCUCAAUGAAGCUGAACCAGUUUUCUGACAUGACAUUUAGUGAAUUUAAAAGAACUUUUCUCUGGUCUGAACCCCAGAACUGCUCUGCUACUAAAGGAAACAACUUCCACUCCAGCGGACUUCUUCCAGACUCCUUUGACUGGAGAAAGCAAGGAAAUUAUGUAACACCAGUGAAGAAUCAGGGAGGUUGUGGCAGUUGCUGGGCUUUUUCCACCACAGGCUGUUUGGAGUCCGUUACUGCGAUCAACACCGGGAAACUUGUACCACUGUCAGAACAACAGCUGGUAGACUGCGCCCAAGACUUCAACAACCAUGGGUGUAAUGGUGGCCUCCCCAGUCAAGCAUUUGAAUACAUCAUGUACAACAAAGGACUGAUGAGCGAGAAGGACUAUCCCUACACUUCUUUUGAGGGCACUUGUGUGUAUAAACCAGUUCUAGCUGCAGCGUUUGUGAAGAACGUGGUGAACGUCACAGCUAAUGAUGAGAAGGGGAUGGAGAUUGCUGUCGCCACACGUAAUCCAGUCAGUUUUGCAUUUGAGGUGACCUCUGACUUUAUGCAUUACUCGCAGGGUGUGUACACUAGCACCCAGUGCCACAAAACGGCAGACAAGGUGAAUCAUGCAGUAUUAGCAGUUGGAUAUGGGCAGAUGAAGGGCUCUCCUUACUGGAUAGUGAAGAACUCAUGGGGAGAAGGCUGGGGGAUUGAAGGAUAUUUCUUCAUUGAACGUGGGAAGAACAUGUGUGGACUGGCUGCCUGCGCAUCUUUCCCGGAGGUGUGAUCUCAAAGUGAAAGCAACUACAAAAGGGCUAAAAAGGGAGCAGAAUAUCACCUUUUUUUAAUCAUAAAUGGUCACUUUUAUCUAUAACCUGCUGUGUUUUAAUGUUCUUUGUUCACAAUGGAAAUGGCACAGUGGCAGUAUCAUGUCAUACCCAGAUUUAUAAAUCUGAAAUUGUAGCAAUCAGUGCAGUUAUGUUUUCAAAUAAAAUCUAUCCAAUCAG